AUGGUGCCUUCUCCGCCGGCCGUCUACUUCCCUGCUCUGGAUAAAUGUCUGGCCCGCGAGCUUCCUCUUCUAGCUGUCAUCGCUCACGACUGCGCCACCUCUACUCCCAUACUAGACGCCUUCUUCCUAGAUCCCACCGUCAUCUCCAUCCUGGGUGCUCCCCUAACACCCUUCCUCCCUCCUACCUCACAAUCAAAGUCCGACUUCGACACAAGAACCGCCGCAAUCAAUGCUGUUCCCUCAGAACCUGGCCAAUAUGACAUCAAUCAGAUCAAGGAGGAUGCUCUGUGGUUGUCCAAGGAAGCAAACAUUCAAGAGACGGACGCUUUGAGGAUUGUUCUGGUUGAAUGGCAGCAGCGCUCAGCGUCGCGUAUGCUGGCCGAGUGGUCCCAGGAUGAGCGGCUUGGAGUCCAGAAUGCCGCCGCGAACGCCCACUUCCGCCAAUCUGUCAAUCCCGUUCUCGAACCCGAUCGAAAAUCAACUUUCGAUACUCAGCAACAAAGACGUCCCAGACUAUUAAGCACCCUCUACGUCGAAAAGUCCAGUAUCUUGGCUUUGUCUGCAGUCCUGGUUGGGCUCGCUCUGCCUCGAGACCUGCAGUCGACUGCUCUCAAUCCACGACCUUUACUUCGAGAAGCGGCCAUUCUUGUUUCCCGAGCCCAGGAGACGUCAUCUAACUCGUCCUUNUUCUGCAAAUGCGUGGAUGCUCUGGAUACAAAACUGCAAUCUCUCAACCCAGAAUCUUGGUCUGGCCUGCUCCCCGAGGAUGAAGACCUUGCUAACUCCUACGUAAAGUCCGUCUUUACUCAGCUUGUUCUGAUCUUGCGUUUGGCAUAUAUCCACAUCUUUGCUCUGGAGGUGAUUCCUGAUUCCGAGCCCGUCGUACUAUGGUUCUCCCUCAUGGACGCGACUUAUUUCUUCUCCGCGCUGCCCGAGACCCCCGAAACUUCGGAUCUGAUCAUCGUCAUUCGAUGCCUGACCUCUCUCAUCUCCCUGGAAGUACUCAAGGUGAACGCUACUGUGGAGUUCAUCAGCACACUCCCGAACACCGGAGCCUACCCUCAAUUGCCUGGCAAAUUCUACAUCGACGACGAGGCCUGCGUUCGUUUGGUCACCUCUACUCUUCUCGGGGCUGCACAAGCUCAAAUGGGCAUAAGACAUGCUGGACCUGCCAUACUAGCAUGGAGCAUUAUUGCACAAAGUCUUCGUGGAGCCGUUCUUGCAAGUCGUGCUGAGGCACAGUCACAAAUCGAAGAUGGUUCCAGCAAUGAGGCAAAGACCAAAACCGAAAUCUCACUCGACGCUGUUUUGAACGCUCAUCCGGUCGAAGGAGAAGACGUUAUUGGCUUCAUGGCCAACGCCGCAGCCGCCGAUUUGCAGACGUUCGACAUGGUGACAUCUCUGUCUGAGUGUUUGCUGCUCGCGUUUGGCGCUGACUUUGAUCUCUACGUUGCUGCUUGUGGCAAGAUGUCACUCUUCAGCCUGGUCUCAGCAGGCUACCAUCUCUUCCAGUACGGCCCUGAUGUGGUACAGGCAGUACUUUCAAUCCUUUCUUACGACACAGUGCCUCCAAAUCUCUCAAGGACGCGAGCUCGUAACCCAGUGCAGCCAGUCAAGACUUUUUUGACCGACAGCAGUGGCAUGGGUGGCAAGUUCUUCGACCAAGUAAAACAACGCUAUGCUUACGAAGUUCGCCCUUUCUUGAACUGUCUGCUCUCGGUCAGUCAAAGCCGGGCUACGAAAGACGGACAGGACUCGGAACUCCUUGCAAUCUUAGAAAACAUGUCUACUUUGACUCAACUUCUUCCCCGAGCCUUUGAAAGAAGCUACGAGAACUACCGUGAGGAUGAACUCCAAAACCACAUCCAGCUCCUCGAUGAGAUCCCGCUAUUUGUCCCAAGGGACGGCAGGACCCAUCAUAUGCGUCUCACAUCCGGCAGAGAUGCUGCUCAAGCCAAGACCGACUUGACAAUUCCUGCAGGAACUGUUGGCAUUCUAGCAAACCAAAACAGUCCCUAUGUUGUCUGCUGGCACCAUCAACACUCUGCACUUGAGUACUUUGGCAAGCUUCUUUCAACUAGACUGUCCAACGCAACCUACAUCGAACUGGCAUCUGGACCUGUUGAAAAGGAAGCCGCUGCUGAGAUCAUUGCGCUUGUCGACUCGCUUGUCUAUGCCGCAGUGAAGGCAGAUGAUAUUAAUGCUGUAAAGCACGUUCUCGGCCGUUUGAGCUACGGCCUCGACAGGAAUGAUGAUAUCGUCAGCGUCGUCUUCCAGAUGUUUGAGGAAGAGCUACACGCUCAAGUUGAACAGCCUGGAUCUGAGGGUUCGUUGUACCUCUUGGUUCAUAUUGUCCGCUUCAUGCAGUCAUUGGUGUCCAUCUACCCAGAAAGAAUCUGGUCUCUGUUGACACGCAGCCGACUGCUUUCCGUUGAUGACAAUGUUGGCGGUCUCGCAGCUAUCGUCAGCGCCACGGAGCUUCCAAUCGGACAGUAUGAUCUGCUUCGUGCUUGUAUUGGUCUCUUCGAGGGACUAAUUCAGGAUGUCGCUACCCGUGCUGUAUCGCGCAAGUCCACCACAAAAGCAAUUACUCGUUUCGCUGAUCCUGCUGAUGCAACUGGAACAACACCCGAGAAGCUGACCAGUGCCGUGCUCGCAGCAUUCCAGCGUAUCCUUCUUGAUGUGUUGCAGAGUUCGCCGAGCUGGCGUUUUGUCUUCCCUACAGAAAGAUGCGAAAUUAGCACUCGUAUUCUGAACGCGGCUACUGAAGUCCUCAACUUUGCAUACAGCGUGGACGACAACAAGGCUGUAGCCGCAAAGUUGACCGGCGUAUUCGCUCAAGCUUCAGAAGACCUUCUCAAAGUGUACCUGGCAGAGAGUCCUCAUUCUCUGACUUUCCACCCACUGCUGAACAUCCUCACCUCGGGUCUUGCUUCGAUCAAUCCGGGUCCGCUUGAGAAUGAGGCGCCAAUUAGACUCCAAACCUGUGCAGCUUUGUCUUUCUGCUCAACGAUUCUCGACGUUGGCUUGCUCACUGAUCGCAAAGCUGGCUAUCUCACUAAAAAUCUCCUUCAGUCUAUGCCUCUUCUUGCACGCCUCUUUGCCGCCCAACACCCUUACAAAGCACCCGUCGCUACUCUCUUCACAAGCAUUGUUCGCACAUUGAACCAGUCUGAGUCAGAACCAGCUCCUCUUCUCGGUCAUCUGAGCCCGGACGCUGCAAAGAGUUUCUUGACCGUCCUCGCAGAGCUAGACCAACCUCUGCAAGACAUUGGUGUGGAGUCUACGAUAUGGGAGAUGUUCUCUGCUGUUGUUAGUAACAAGCAACAGUGGCUCUCAAUCUGCUUGCUUACUGGUACCACACCUCGUGACAGUCUGAAGGCGACCGGCAAGAGCGAAACAACUGGCAGCAAAGCAUUGCUGAAAUAUGCCCUAGAUCAACUGGCUGACAUCAAGGCCAUUUCNCCCAAGCGAGCAACGGCUAUCUUGAAAUUCGUUGCUUCUGCACAAGACCAGUGGGCUUGGGCCACACACGGCAUCGGUAAACAUGCCGACUUCAUCAAGAGCGCAGCAGAUUGGCUCGCCGAGAUUGAACCAAACAAUAAGCAGUCCGAUAUGGAGGGUACCAUUCGGUAUGCCAAAGAGAUCCAGAUGGCUUCUUACGCUUCGAACGUCCUUGCGCGGUACCUUCACAACGCACGCCAGCUCGGUGAUACGAUAACGGCACAGAAUGUCGCNCAAAAACUGCAAUACCUCCGCGAACAUGGAGUUGCAGUCAACGCAUACAACCACUCGCUUCACAAGAAUCUAGCCAAGAACUUUGUCAUCAAGUUCCCUCAGUGCAAGCUCGAGAACUUCAAGCGCACUUCCCUUCAGCAAGCAGAUUUUGGUCGUGACUACUACUAUGACCGCAAGAUCGCUAGUCGAAUGUUGGACUUUGAUUCAUCCUGGAGCGGUCGCAACAAUCAAGGUUUUGUGGAAGAGGUCGCCAGAGCAAAUGUCAACCUGUCUUUGGUCGAAGCUCAAGUUAACCUCCUGAAGAGCUGGAAAGCUUUAGCUAUCAUGCUCGCCACAUUUGCCGAGGACAUCCCAACGUUACAGAAAGACCUUGCGACGGUCGUUCAGAAGUCUCUUGCUGCAAACAUGGAAGCUUCUAUUCCAGCUGUACUUUUCGAUAAUAUCGCACAGACUCGCGCUGACCUAGCUUUCGUCCUGCUGCAGAAGUUGACCUCGAUCAAAUCCAAGGAGGAUGUCGUCCGUGAUCUGCUCUCUACAGCCUGGGAUAUUGUUCGCACCUCAAACCAAGACUUUGAAGUCGCCUCCACCCCUCGCGAUGUUGAGUAUUACCGUACGCUACUACGUACUCUUUUCCUUGCACUCCAACCUCAGGUCUACAACCCUGUGCAGAAGGAGAAGCGAUCGGCCCAAAUCGUCCCUGUGAUCCCUCUCGAGAUCCUGAACGUUGUACACAAAAACUUCAGAGCACUGUGCAGCAACGUCCAUGCCAACCCUGAAUCGGUACAGCCGGCAGACUUUGUGCUCUUGACGGCAUUGCUGCAGACCAUCCUACGCAUUCCUGGCAUUGCCACUGCGCAUUCGACCAUUGCCACUAACUGUGCCGAUGCUGGCACUCUUCGCUACGCCACAAGCUUGUACUCUUGGUCUGACCGUCUUGUGACACCUGACUCGGUCGACCCUGUCUAUGGUGAACUCGCUAUUCUGUUUCUGCUUGAGCUGUCUUCCAUCACUUUCAUUGCAGAACAGAUGGCAGUCGAAGGUGUGCUAUCCCAUCUCUCAUCCGCUAACUUGUCUCAUUACCUCCGCAACAUGAACGGCAAAGGCCCAUUCGAAGAACCUGUCCGUGUCUUCGUCAUUUGGUCAAAGGGCAUUCUCCCUUUGUGUCUGAACCUUGUGGAGGCUGUUGGCCCACCGAUCGCAGCAGAGAUUGGUGCUUUCCUCAACAGUUUCCCUGCUCAACUCCGCCGCGCCGAGACUGAUUUGGAGAACAAGCAACCUUCUCUCCGUCAUCCAUAUGCUGGAUGUCUCACCCUCGGUCUUGCAAGCGAGACACACUCCCUCUCCCUCAUUUCACUCAUUCUCGAAAGACUACGGACAGUAGGCGCAAGCUCUGGUGCUUCGGCCGCCGAGAUCCCCAGUCUCGAAUUCGAUCGUGCCAAUGCCAAGGAACAGGUCGAGGCUAUACUGCGCACCCGACGUAAUUUGCGCGAGCGUAUCAUGCCCGUCGGUGAGCGAGAGACAGAGUGGGCUAGGCAGAAGCCCGCUGUGGCCGCCAAAGACAUUGAGAAUAAGCUCGAAGAGAGGGUUGUAGACGAGUUCGAGGCUGCUCUUGUUUGUUUGACUGGUUAG